AUGCAUGCGCUACUCAUUUUAGCCCUUAUUACGCUGUCUGCCAGCACCCCGAGCCAAGUCCGAUAUGACGGGUACGAAGUCUUGCGGAUCGUACCACGAUCAGAAGAUCAGAUGCAAUGGAUGGAACAUUUCGAAGAGACGUUCGUUUCCAAGCUCGAUUUCUGGAGGAUGUCUCACUCCGUUAACCAGCCACUGGACGUCAUGGUGCCGCCACGGUACCAGACUGAACUCAGAGAACUGCUUGAAAGCCGCGGUAUUGGGUUCAGUGUCCACAUCGAAGACGUCCAGAAGUUGAUCGAAGAGUCCAUGAAAUCCUCAGCUGGUGUCCGUGCUGUCAGUGGGUUCGACUACAACACGUAUCACACUUACGAAGAGUUGAUGCAGUGGGUGACUAACUUUGUUUCUGAGUACAGCAACAUUGCAGAGGAAAUAGUGGUCACGCGGUCCGUAGAAGGAAGGGACAUAAAGGCGAUUAAGUUAGGAAGAAAGAGUUCUGGUAAACCAGGGGCCUUCAUGCAAGGCGGUAUCCACGCCAGGGAAUGGAUCUCGCCGGCUACUAUGGUCAACGUGGCUAAAAAGCUGGCAGAGAGCUACGGCUCCGAUCCCGACGUGACUGCCAUGUUGGAUUCCUUCGACUGGUACAUUGUUCCUUGCCUCAAUGUUGAUGGUUAUUCGUACUCCUGGACAAAUGACCGAAUGUGGCGUAAGAAUCGGCAAGUAACUUCCAAGAGGCGUUGCAUGGGGGUGGACCUCAAUAGAAACUACGACUAUCAGUGGGGAGGUCGGGGUGCAAGCAGCAACGAGUGUGACGAAACCUACCAUGGACCGAGCCCCAUGUCAGAGCCAGAGUUGAGCGGACUGACCACCUGGCUCCUUGGCCUCAAGGCGGCCGGUCAACCGUUCCAUAUGCACAUGGAUGUCCACGCCUACGGUCAGUACUGGCUGUACCCAUGGGGCUAUUCUGCAUUGGUGCCUCUGCCACCCGAGGCAGGCGAUAUGGACACCGUUGCGAGGAAGGCCACCUCUUCUCUAGCUAAUCUCUACGGGACGUCUUACCUCGUCGGGGGUUCGGCUAAGGCAAUGUACGCAGCAUCGGGUGCCAGUGAGGACUGGGGCUUCGGCACCCUGGGCGCCAAGUACACGUACGUGGUGGAGCUUCGCGACGAGGGACGCUACGGGUUCCUACUGCCCGAGUUUCAGAUCCAACCCACGGCCGAGGAGACGUUCGAAGCCAUCAAAGAACUCGGCAGGAGCCUCGUCGCCGAGUACGGGUUGUGACUGCAGAAUGGAGACUAAUUGUCUGUCCCGCAUCAAAAAUUUGAAGCCCUUCUUGAUUAGCCUCCCCAAUUGUUACUAACGUUGGCGCCGAAAUUGCUACAACAAUAAGGGCCAAGACAAAGAAAUUCGUUGUGUGGAACUUUAUGGAUUAGGAGGAUAAAAAUUUCAGCUAUCACCAGAGAAAAUAUUUCCGAAAUGCAUGCUGAUCGGCUCGGAAAGCCUCACUUUGCAGAAUAGUUCAGAAAAGAAACUUCAGUAUCUUUGUACAAUUAUCUUUUGCGUCUAAUCGUCCAGGCUUAAGGAGGUGGGGUACCAGUAACUGUUAGGGUAAUUGAUGAUGGCCAAAUACUAGUAAAUGUUCACCAUGUGGCAAUGUUUCAGUCAUGGUUCAUGAAGAUUAUUGUUUUAAUAACAGUAGGAAAACCUCUUCCAAACUCAUUGCUUGAAACGCACAGCAUACUGGGUCUCAUUUUGAAGCAACAAAAUUGUAGUUAUUACUGGAGAAAUUAAGGACCAUAAACAAAUGAUCUCAUUAUGAUUGGUAUCUGAGAAAGCACUUAUAGUUUCCCCGAGAAUGUUUUCAGAUUGAUGGAUGACACAAAAUAAGGUUUGUGAUUUCUCAAGUAGCACCAGAAGAGCUACAAAUGUGUCCCACAGGGUUUUGUCAUGACUUACAGAAGAGGUAGGGAAUCAUUGUAAAAAGGUGACGGGAAUCUGUCGCGGAGUUUCUCUCUUUUUGCCUGGUAUGCAUGUA